AUGUCUUAGGCCUCUAAAAUCCACCAUUUCAUCCACAAUACAAUGCAAGUCUGUGCAAUAUGUGUGAUGCUCAGGCUGUCAAAUCAGUUGGAUUUGACAGGAUUUGUCAUGUCCUCCAUGCAGGCAGACAAUAAACUUGGGGUUGAAUAUGCAAGAAAAAGCACUGAAAACAUGUUAUCCUCUUCUUAGAGGCACAUUGAACAUUAUGAUGAAGGAUGGGCUGUCUCUGGCUUUCUUCUGCAACUCUGAGAGGAUUACACAUUGUUUUUUCUGGUGGGAGGAUAUUCAUGUUUAUUUUUCUAUACACUGAAUAUUUCAUUUCCAUUGAUCUGGGCCAAGAGGAGUGCGUCUUCUUCCACAGCAAAGUAAAGCAUGAGACAUGUGGGUGAUCACGUUAUUUGUGCUUCUGCUUAUUAUGUCGGGCAUUGAAGAUUAAAAAAAAUAAAGUAAUUAAAAGAGUAGGCUACAGCCUAAACAACAUUAUGCCUAUGGUGUGCAGCACUGACCCAACAGCCCACCGUCACUUCCCUCCCCACCAUUGCAGUAUCUUGUGCUGGACCAUUAGCUACCAGCCCAUCCCGGAGUAUCACAAACACCUCACAGCGCCUCCUCUCUACAUGAACCCACCGUCAUGUUGAAAAAACAAUUUCUUCUUAUCUUCACCACAGAGAAAGAAUCCCUCGGUUGGCCGUGUAUAUUAUUUAAAUGCAGCUCAAAAGACAUGCCAUUGCUGCAGUGAUACACUGCCCAUGAAAGGUGUCAGUCGUUUCCUGAGAUACCAAGAAUUUGUCCACCGGCCACUUGGCUCUGCUCUGCUCCAGACAUCAUGGCGUGACAACAUGUAUUCAUUUAUAUCGGGCUCUUAUUACGCAGGUGGGCGCCCGCAUGAGGAGUAGAGGCGCAUUUUCAAAGGCUGCCUGUUCUGUAGGACACAGCAAGCUUCCCUGCCACAUCACGCCUGGAGAAAUCGACCGCAUUGCUUUGUUUGAGGAGCAGGACAGACCAAGUCGUGUAUGAAAAGUAAUUGCUCGCAUGGGUACGCAUAAGGAGAAAGAAAAAAACACGGAAUCAGUGCAUGGGUGGGAUUCCUUCAUUGCGCUUCAGACAGGGGAACUUAUGACAACAAAUGGCUACAGUAAUGGCAAACAACUGCCAGUAAAACAGGCGUGAUACCUGCUCUGUAGUUCUGUUAUUACUAGAAAACUGGUGUCGACGGUUCGACCUUCGUGAUUUUUGACGGAUCCGAAGCCUGAAUUUUACACCAACCUUCAACCGGCAGAGGCUUUUUUCAAGAGCGCAAUCUAUCGCUUCAAAAAGAGCCCCGGAUUCAGCUUUCUGUCCUGGCACUAUCCGUACUGCAGUUUAUAACAAGCGUGAGGUUUAAUGGGCAUUUAAUUCCGCGUAUUCCUGCGUUACAACCCCCUUACGCGGGGGACUUGAUACGACCACGUACUAACGCUUUAACCCCUCUGAACGCGGUUCGGACGAAAGCCUCGGACUCUCCUGAGCUUUUGGAUUUUUGGGAUUUCAGCUUUACGUUUUCUGCCUUAACGCCUCUAUCGGAUCGUACAGGGAUUUAAGGUGGGGUUUCAUCCCGACGCAGGUAGAAGAUAUCCCACUGUCUCUUGUUGAUGACACUUCAGCAGCAGAUUGUCGCUCAUCACGUCCGUUGGAUUUUUUCAGCACAAGCCCUUAACAGCCCGAUGAGAAGGUUUUACGCGUGAAUAUGGAAUAAAUGAACUACCGUCUGAGAUUCGUUGUGAAUUUAUCCAAUGAUACGAGUGUGUGGACCGCGGGAAUCAUGUGCAAUAGGAUCAACCCUUCGGCAUCUGCUUUAUUAGUCUCACUUUUGACUGCUUUGAAGUGAACCCUUUGUGGAGCAUCCGAAACGACACAAUAUUCUGUUGGUGUUUUGCUGUGACGCCAGUGGGAGUCGCCUACCUCAGCUCUGACUCUCUUGACUGCCAGCUGAUUGGGAUGCUGAUUUGAAACCUGCAAUGGACACCGGGGCUUGAUAUCUGGACCUGGAAGCUGAUCAACUAUGGACCGGCUGGUUGUGUGCGUGCUGCUGUGUGCAGCUCUGGUGAAGGGAUACAGCUGCCCGGGCCGCUGCAUCUGCCAGCACCUCUCUCCCACUCUGACUCUGCUCUGUGCUAAGACUGGUCUGUUGUUUGUACCCCCAACCAUAGACCGCAAGACCGUCGAGCUGCGACUUACUGACAACUUCAUCACAAUCAUCCGCAGGAAAGACUUUUUCAACAUGACUAGUUUGGUCCACCUCACCUUGUCCCGUAAUACCAUCAGCCAGAUCACCCCCCAUGCCUUUGUCGGCCUGCGAUCUUUGCGGGCGCUCCACAUGGAUGGAAACCGUCUCAGUGUGAUUAAGAGUGACCACUUUAAAGGCCUCAUCAACCUGCGUCACCUCAUCCUAGGAAACAACCAGAUCCACCAUGUGGCCCCCACCUCCUUCGAUGAGUUUGUUGCCACCAUAGAGGACUUAGAUCUUUCUAAUAACAACCUGCGUGGCCUUCCCUGGGAAGCCAUAGCCAGAAUGACCAACAUUAACACACUCACACUGGACCACAACCUGAUUGAUCACAUUGGAGCAGGGACUUUUACGCUGCUCACCAAGCUGGUCCGCCUGGACAUGACCUCUAACAGGCUGCAGAAGCUGCCACCAGACAGCCUGUUCCAGCAUGCACAGGUCCUGUCUGAUGCCAAGGGCUCCAGCUCCUCCACUCUGGCUGUGAGCUUUGGUGGAAACCCUCUUCACUGUAACUGUGAGCUGCUGUGGCUUCGCAGGCUGACAAGAGAGGAUGAUCUGGAGACCUGUGCUUCGCCAGAGCACCUCAUGGAUAAGUAUUUCUGGUCCAUCCAAGAGGAGGAGUUUAUCUGUGACCCUCCGCUGAUCACCAAACAUCUUUCCACUAAGCCCUUUGUGAUGGAAGGGCAGGGUGUGACUCUUAAAUGCAAAGCCGUGGGUGAUCCAGACCCAGAGAUUCACUGGCGGUCACCAGACGGCAAGCUGGUGCAUAAUAACUCCCGCACCAUCCUGUAUGAUAAUGGCACCCUCGAUAUUCUCAUCACCACGCUGAAGGACAGCGGGGCAUUUAAUUGUGUGGCGUCCAAUGCCGCAGGCAUUGCCACAGCUGCUGUUGAAAUCAACAUGAUCCCCUUACCCUUGUUUGUUAACAACACAGGCCACAUGCGCGAGGACCCCGGCCUCUCAGACAUCACCACCUCCUCCAAAUCUGGCAAUGACACCAAGGGCUACGACAAGCAGGACAGGAGGGUGAUGGUCACCGAGCUGACCUCCUCCUCCGCUGUGAUCCGUUGGCCAUCUGAGCGCCACAUCCCCGGGAUCAGGAUGUACCAGAUUCAGUACAACAGCACGGCAGAUGAUACUUUGGUGUACAGAAUGAUCCCAUCUACCAGCAAGAACUUCUUAAUCAAUGAUCUGGCCGCAGGACGGGAGUAUGACCUUUGUGUGCUGGCGGUUUACGACGACGGCAUCACAUCAUUAACGGCCACACGUGUGGUUGGCUGUGUGCAGUUCCACACGGCCAGUGAGGUCAGCCAGUGUCGCUUCAUGCACAGCCAGUUCCUGGGAGGCACUAUGAUCAUCAUUAUUGGUGGUAUAAUUGUUGCUUCUGUCCUGGUUUUCAUAAUCAUCCUGAUGAUCCGUUACAAGGCCUACAGCAGCCCAGAGGACAGCAAGACCAAGGUCAGCUCCAGCAUGCACUCCCAGACCAAUGGCAGCCAGCAGCGGCUCCAGCGCUCUGCCUCCAAGCAGCCCUCUGACGAAGGCCAGCGUGAAGCCCUGGUGCCCAAAGAGUGCUUGGCGCUGGUGCUGAAGGUAGACAAUGAGAAGAGGGAGGAUCCAGCAGCCACCACUGCCAUCCUUGAGGUAGAGCUGCCUCCCCUGACUGUAGACAAGAUGAAGAGAAGGACAAGCCUGGAUGCACAGCGUUCUGGACCCCCAUCUGACGACACGCAGACUGACAGUAGCCUGACGGGCUCCACCAUGUCCCUUUGUCUCAUAGGCUCCAAUGCUGGCACCAAGGAGGCACCCAGGCUCAAGGACAAGAAAAGUGCCUUGGCCAACAUGGGAUUGCUCCCCAAUGAGCUGGCACGAACUAGGCACAGAUUUUCUUUUGACGGAGGGGAUUACUCCAUUUUUCAGAGUCAUAGUUACCCACGCAGAGCGAGGACGAGGUGGCACAAGUCCACCAACCAGCUCAACAUGGAGUCAUCGCCGCUCGCCAACAGGAGAGUCACGUUCAGUAGCACUGAGUGGAUGCUUGAGAGCACAGUCUGAGGAGAGCAGUGUAGCUGAAAGAAACGGCUCAGCCACACGCAAACAUACACAUGUAAAAACACAAAUAUGUCUACAUGCCAUAUGACAGACACGUUUCUCUUGCGCACAGCAAAUGAUAAACACAAGCACAUUUACUUACACAUGCAAACUUUCUGUGAGUUGCUGGAGAAGAACACAGUCUCCCUUCAUCCUGCCUCCCCAUCAUACUCCCAGAGAGGUUUGUUGGCCAUGUCCUUUCUUUAUGCAGCAGUGCCUUAUUAAAAAAAAAUGUACGAAUGGAGGAUGCUGCUCACUGUAGUCAUAAACCUUCCUCUCUAUUAUUGCCUCCCUAUAAUGGGAAGCAUUUCUUUGGAUUUUUAAGUUUCUCCUUUUUCUGUGACAUGCCAAGAGAGUAUGGCGUUUGGAUGUGACUGUUUAAUUGUUUAAAAAAGGAAAAAAACAAACAAACAAACUUCAUCAUAGCUGUAAAGUGGACAGCCAGGUAUCCUGUUAUGUCAAUCAUGUUUUGGGUUCUAUCAACAAAAAAAAAACUUUUGCACAGAAGACACGAGAUACAAGGACAAGUAUCACCACCAGUCUAUACAAUAAUAAUUAUUAAAAAGAAAGAAUAGGAUUUUACACAUGCCGAUUUCUAAUGUUAGCAUAGAGAGGAUGGACCUGGAAACCAACCGUGGAUCCUGCUCUGAUGGUCGGACUGUAUUAUGUUAAAUAGGUAUUGUUCCAGAUGUGACUGUAUAUUAAUCGGUACUGUAUCUGGCUGGUCUAGAUAAAAAGACAACCAACAAAAAAGACAUAUAUAAGUAUAUUAAAACAUUGGUGUAUGUGUACUAACUAUGUAAGUAAGUCAAGUCAUAUGUCACAUGACUUUUUACAAAGCAUUUGGGUGUUGGCUGCAAGUUUUUACAUUAAAAACCUGUGUCAUCACACCUCGCCCUUAUUUAGUAUGUCAAAGUUUGGACCAUUUAUCCCCUCACGAAGGGUAUUAAAUUUUUUGUGUGGGUUAACUGUA